CCCUCCCGCCUUCCCUUCCCGAGCCCUGUUCUCUCCCUGCUGGAGCGACGCGCCUUCCCGCCGAGAGGACGGAGUCGGACAAAGAAAGUUCCUUGAUCUGCCGCCCCGCUUGCCCUCUUUCUCGCUCCUUCUCGUCUGCGUCUCCCCGCAGGCUUCCUCUCAGUGCUGGGCGGUGGAGGCUGCGAGGGAAAGAGGCAGGGUGAGAAUGGCUGGAGGAGAGAGCGGCGGCGGCGGCGGCAGCUCGGGGGCGUCUGAAAGUCGGGAGCAUCUGUUCAAGGUUCUAGUCAUCGGUGAGCUGGGAGUGGGCAAAACGAGUAUCAUCAAGCGCUACGUCCACCAGCUCUUCUCCCAGCAUUACCGCGCCACCAUCGGUGUGGACUUCGCUCUCAAAGUGCUCAACUGGGACAGCAGGACCCUGGUGAGGAUGCAGCUCUGGGACAUCGCAGGUCAAGAACGUUUUGGGAAUAUGACCAGAGUGUAUUAUAAAGAAGCUGUAGGUGCUUUUGUGGUCUUUGACGUCACAAGAGGAUCAACAUUGGAAGCAGUUUCCAAAUGGAAGCUUGACUUGGACAGUAAAGUGCUUCUUCCAAAUGGUAGUCCGAUCCCUGCAGUCCUACUUGCCAACAAAUGUGACCAGAAGAAAGACAGUGGCCAAAAUCUUUCUCAGAUGGACCAGUUCUGCAAAGAUGGAGGCUUUGUUGGUUGGUUUGAAACCUCUGCUAAGGAUAAUAUCAACAUUGAUGAAGCUGCUCGGUUCUUGGUGGAAAACAUCCUUGCAAACCUCAAAAGCUUCCCUAAUGAGGAGAAUGACGUCAGAAAGCUAAAGUUGGACCCGGAUCCCCUGAAAGCAGAAAGUAAAUCUCAGUGCUGUUAAUUACAUUUUAUCUUUCAUUGAACACUCCUAGAGAGCAGCACGGUGCUUGUUCCUGGAACUGGACAGCUGCUACGGUGCUUCAUCAUGACAAUCCGAGUGGGGUAUUGUUUUAUUUGAGCUGGGCACACUCCAGGGUGCUGACACACUUCUUAUGUCAAGUUGAACUUCAGAAUUACCUAGUACGUGAUGUCUUUGUUAACAAUUUAGCACAGGUGGAAGCUGGCAUACAAAAAGCAGGUAUCUUGUGAGAUAUCAAGGCAAGGGUCAGUAUGAGAGACUCAAUGCUGACGCUUAUCCUUCACAGUGCAAUUUUAGAACUAAAAUAGGAAUGUUAGUCUGAAUGGAAGUGUUCAUUUUGAUAAGCACUAUUUUUUCUUAUACUUUUUAAGAUACCUAAUUUCUUUUGCUUUUUUGCUCUCCCCUUCAUUUCUGUUCAGCACCAGGACACCAAAACCAAGUCUUUUUGGAAGACCUGGCAGCCAAGAAACUGAAUAACACAGUGGCAGGCGUUCCUUGUUUAUACUGUCUAAACUAUGAAAGAGUCUAGGGCUUGGAAUAUAGGGACAGGAAAAUUAAGCUGGUGUAGUAUUAAAGAUAUUCCUCUUAACAAAUGAGCAACAGUUAAUUUCAGACUUUCUUUUUCAGAUAAUGGAAACAAUAAACUUAGUAUACUUGCAUAUGAUAAGUAAUGAUGUGCACCCUUAAACCUGAAUGACAAAUUAUCUUUCCUUGCACAAGCACAAUCCUUUCACAAUUUCUUCUGCCAGGAACAAAAGUGAAAAAUGCCCUUGAUUAGAAUGUCACAUUGUUUUAUGAAACCAGACUGCAACCAGAAAACUGUUUUCCAUUGAACCUUUAGUGAGUAGAUGGUGGUACUAAUAAAGGCUAAUGAAGUACUUUUCUUAAUCAUGCUGCUUCUAGAGUACUCGUAUCUUGUCACAUAACUAUCCAGUGCAAUCCUGCCACUAAUGCCAAUGGGAAGCAAGUGCUUCCUAAAGCAACUGGAAAUUGGCUGGAACAUUUCCAGAAGGAAACAGAUCAAUGGAACUAGCAGAAGGGACUUCCCAUUCCAGAAACAAGCAGUUUACUCCUGUUUCAAUUGUGUUGGUGGUGGGUCCUGCUUGUGCAACACAAAAAGCAGAAAUGCGGCAGCGGCAGCAUUGGAAACCACCCAAGGAAUCAGACUGCAUAAGGGUGUUCACAUACCAAAACAACUUGCAAAUGCAUCCCUGGUUCACAGUGACUGUGAAGGUCAUUGUAAGGUUGUCCAGAUAAGAAAAUGGUAUGUGAUCUCUACCUUGAAAGAAUUCAAGAUGCUUCUGAAGGCAUCUGUGGAAGUCUGGAGGGAUGACUCCUGACAAUGACUAUCGUUACCUUUGUGUGUUAAUGGUAAACCUGUGAAUCCUGUUUUGUCCUUGACAUGUUAUGCUCAAGUGAUACAGCCUAUUGGCUACUACAUGGCCUGCAAUACUUUGGGCUAGCAUCCUUCAGGCUUAAAUUUGGUCACAGUUUUAUGUGUCUGAAGCUAGAUUUAAUGCCACUUUUUAAAUUCAAAGGCCUGGAGUUUUUAUACUGUGCACUCAAGCAAUUUGUUACUUAAAAUCCAAAGAGCACAACACACAUUUCUAAUCUUUCAGGCCUGCACUAUCACUCUAUCAAUUCCAAAGUCAAACUCCUUUUAAUCUUGAUUUGCCUAACUGUUUUAUGAUUCCCAUUAGUUUUCUACUUAAAGUAAAAGAAAUGUUGAACACAUCUACAACACAUACAUUACAUACUCUAAAUGAAAUACAAAUAACUCAUGGUAGUUUUCUAAAAAACCAAUAUGCUUGCUUUAUAAAGGAAAUCAAAUGAAGAGACUGUGAAAAAACUAGAAAACUCAUUCAACCUUUCUAUAUAUUUUGGGGAAAUACAUCUUCAGUUUACCUCAGCUUCAGUUAUUGAAGCUAAAAAUGUAAUUUAACAGAGUAUAUAAAGAAUCUUUCACUAGGAAUCCAAUAUGCUACUUAAUACUAGCAGUCCUCAGGGCAGAAAAAAAUCUAUAGCUGUAUAGCCAGAAGAACCUCAUGUACUGUGUAUGAAAUGGUUAUGUUAUACUACGUGUUAAUACUUGUCUGCUGUUACUCUUUCGAUCAAUAAGAAAGAAUUAUCUCCAGUGCUUAUCUCCAGUAUGUAUUGCCUUCAGUGAGGAAGUAUUAGACUAGCCUUUCUUAAUAGCAAAUCUAUCAGAUAUUCUACUUUGGUCACAAAACUGUUUCAAGGUACAGUCCUAUGCAAGUUGAAACAGAAAAGUGUCCCCCAUCUCUGCUGGGUGGGAGACACUUGGAGUUAUAGACCUUUUUUCUGUCUUGACUCAACACAUUUUCUUUUGUGCAACUACAGACUUAAAACUUUCCAAAAAUUGAUCAGCUUAAAAAUUCUGAAGUACCUCAGCAUUCAGAUGUUUAAUACGUUGUUACUGGAGAGAUGAAUGUACUAUUAAGAAUCUUAGAAGAGAAAGGCACAGUGUUUCUCCUCAAGUUUAGGAAAAAGUGGAAUUGGACAUCUACCUGUCACCAGCCUGUAUCAUCUUGAGAAUCCUUGCAUCAAAAAUAUGACCCAUCAUCCUGGCAGGUUCUUAAAAAUGGCAUAGUAUGAAGAAAGUAGAAUUGUGGCAUAUGAAAUUAAGCUACAAAUUGGUGAACACUUGGCAGCUGAAAAGAUUUCCAUUUUAUAGAAUUCAAAGGAUCACUGACUCCAUAGAGAGAGAAUGGAGCUGCUAUCAACUCUGUGCAGGGCAGCAGGAGCAGACUGUCAGCUCAUGCUCACAAAAUAAACACUGAUUAGCAUGCACAUUUUUAUGGGAGAUCCUAUAGAUAAGCUUUUCAGAUAGGUGUGGAGUUUUGCUCACAGGAGCCCCAUGGUCUGUUGCAGCUUAUGUAGACUGUCUUCCUGUCCAAUGUUAUGCCAGAGUGUGUCUGUGGCAUGUAGACUGUGGCAUUAGUUGCAGCAUUCAGCAUUAUCUCAGUUUUAAAACAAAGCCUCUAUAAUUGUAAAAGUGUUUAAGGUUUGUAGGUAAUGUUUGAUGACACUUGAGACCCAGACAUGUUUAUAGCAUAAGAUUUCUAGCUGGGAGAUUCAGGAAGGAAUUUAGUGUCCUGAAUAUCAUCUUACCCUUCUCUAUAAAUAGAAGAAAAAAUGUGCAGUCCUUUGCAGGUUUAGACAAAACAAUCUCCUCUAACUCCUCACAUGCCCCAGCCAUGUACCUUUUACCCUGCAUUUCAGAAUCAUAAGCUUGAUUUGCUGUAUAUGACUUGAUGUCAUCUUCUUGCGUAGCAGAGGUAAGAGGCAAGCAUGGCAGCCAUUCCACCAGUGAGCCCCUUUGAGUCAGAGCUCCCUCCUGUUAUUGUCUCAUUUACCCCUCAAAUCUAAAAACAUUUCUGCUUAAUCUAAUACUUUUCAAGCUGAGUUUCAAAGAAACUUUUUCUCUCUUGGCGAGCAGUGGAAGCAUUGUUAGUUUGGCCAAAGUUUUGUUUUGGCCAUAAAUCUCCAGUGUACAGGGCUACAAAAGUUCUCUACCUGCAAGCUCAGGUGGUAACAGCUGUUGGGCUCUGUACAACAGUAACAGGAAAAAUAGGUCAGUGUUCUCAUGUGGUAUCCCCUCUCUAUAUCGUCUUAUAUUUAUUUUUUUCUUCUUCUAAGCCACUUUUCUGCCUUAAAAACUCCUUCAACACAGUGUGCAUUAAACAAGCAAAAGCAAAGCACUUUGAAGGGACAGUUAAAAGGGCCCAAGAUGAUGAAUGAAAUCCUAUAUAUUUAAAACACCAGUCAGGGUAAACCUCAGGAAGCCUUAAAGACCAGAUGUCAUGAAGAUUUAAACUGGUUUUCUAAAGUUAACAGUGUGUUGCAAGGGAUUUCAUUAGGAAAAGUGCAGGCAUCUCAACCAUUAUGUCUCCUGCAUGAUUGUAACUCAUGGAUGGAAAAAAGUGCUUAGGAAGGUACCCAAUUUCAGCUGUUUAGGGCUUGAAGAGGCAAAACCCCACUUAAAUUUGGUUUGAAGUGCACUAGUGACUGUUCAUCUCAUGAACAAGAUAUGGCAGGAAGUGAUUAGAGCACAUUUUGGACAAUUUUGCAUUUCUAAAGUGUCUGCAAGGAUGGUGAUCAAGUUGAGAAGGGCUGGAUCCUUAUUGUACAGUAAGGGAGAGGUGGCCAUAUUUGCCAACGCAGGCAAACCAUAUUCUAGGCAAUAAAUAUCACUAGGAUAUCCCAAAAUAACCUAGUAACAGGACCAUUCCCUAGCUGGGAGCUUGAUCCAGUUCAGAACAGAGCGUCCCCCUCUGUUUUUAAUCAGUCAAGAGUACAAUCCUGUGGCCACUAAACAUUCACAGAAUAUGUUGGAGUUCUAACUCCAAUCUCAGAAAGGGGUUCUACAGUCAGAGCUGAGAAUCCUACAGUGGCGUGACCUCCCUCUGCCUUCUUAGACAUCACAGCUCUUUUCAUGUCAGCUGUAGCUGCCAAGUCUUAAGUGUUUGCAGCCGACACUUGAGGCAUCCUUGGGAGGUAUUGGGAGCAAGCAGACUUUGGCAUAUGAUGCCUCAACACUUCCUGGUUAUGAGCAAGAGCAAAAAAUAUAUACAUAUAUAUAGAUGGCCAAAAACAUCUGUCAAUGGCUUUGGUGGGGCAGGAGAAACAUGAAGGUAGUCCUUGCUUCUACACUUCUCUCACUGUCAUUCAGCAAGUUAUGGAGAACCACCCUGGAUGAUGUCCUAUGUAAGUCACCCAACUAUUCCCUACCAACAUCUUAGCUAGAUUGAACUUCACCUUGUUCACCUUUCUUUGGUCCAUUUACAAAUUACUUAGACAUGAAAAAUCCUGCCAUAUUGAACCCCAGGGGAAAAGUUGAACAUAACUGGAUGUCCUGUUCGUAUGGAUGUAGCCAAGCACUAAAUCGUCAUUGGCUAGAGGAAGCAGGUAGCUAUUAAAAGGAGGCAGAGCUUUGACAGGUCCAACAGGUCAUAGUAGCUUUCUAGCACCAUCUUCUGAGAGAGGAGAAGCAGAACAGUAGAAAAGUAAUAUUCCUUCUCUCAAUCAAUCUCUGCAACCAUUGUGAGUAGGAAGAAUUGAUAUUAGUGAAAGCUGCUGAAAAAUCCACUACAGCCAACGAAAUCCUGCUCUUGUGUCUGUCUUGCCGUAGUUGAGAAGCAUGAAGUUACAAUAGAGCCCAGCCCUAUAUUUUUGUUAGGGAAGUGAGCGGUCAGCUUCUUAUAUUCUGUUGCUUUUAAAUGUGUACAAGCAGCAGUCUUAAAGUCGGUCUAAAGCUUAUAUUUCCAGUAUUUUUAGGCUAUUGAACUAUUUCCAAAUUGGAAAGGUUUUUUUUAAUCCAUAUGUUAUAUAAAUAAAAACAGGGAUGGGCUAUAGCCCACUGGUUAAGCACCUGCUUUGCAUGCAAAAAGUCACAGGUUCAGUUCCCAGCUUUUCCAAAUAAGAUGGAAAAAUGUGCUCAAAGUUCUUUCCUGAAACCCUGGGGAUCUGCCACCAAUCAGUAUUGACAAUACUGGACUACUUGGACCAGUAGUCACUGACUUGCUAUAAGGCAGCUUCCUAUAUUCAUAGCAAUUCAGCCAUUUUUGCCUGGAUAUAAUUGUGACAACUUUAUAUAAUUCUUUAAAGGGAUAGUUGUAGUUGCCUUCAGUUGCACUUCUUAGAACUUUCAUUUUUAAAGUUCAGCAAUUAAAAAGAAUCCUAUUAAUAGCAAAGUAAAAUUAAUGGUAAAGGAGGACGCAUAAAGUAGAGGCUUAUAAAGAAGACGUAAGACCAAAAUCUUGAUGAAACAUGUCUUAAUUCAUUUAUCUGUGGGAGUAGACACAAUAUAGUUGAAAGAAGAAACCUCUUCUUUUUUCCCAAAUCAAUACUGAUUAAAAGAUUUGUGUGGCACUUUAGGCCAAUCUUCCUCAAUCUGAUUGCCAGUGGACAUGCUGAAUGCAUGAUGGAGGCUGUAGUCUAACACAUCUGGAUUACAGUAGCUUCGGGAAGGUUGCCCCAGGCUAACCAGUUUAAUGCAACACAAGCGUUGUAUGUGUUAGUUUACUGACACUUAUUCCACAUUAAAUUGGUUUGUUUUUGUUUGUUUUUUUUAAGAAUAGCACCUUGAAUCCAAAGCAACGUUUAACCAGAAGGGGGUACAUCUGGGAAAAUAUUAAAUAAAACAUGUAGGAUAGCCAAGUGAAAGCUGUAAGUUAAAUUGUCAACAAGAGGCUAGUAGUACCUGCACAUACUAGAAAAGAGUGAAGAGGAAAGGAGAUUCAGCAAAUUAAGAUCAGUUUCAGAGGGCUGUGUUCUUUUGCCACUUGGGACUAAUUCUCAUUGAUCUUGGAUGGCCUUACUCCUGUGUAAAUAUAUUUAGCAACAUUACCUGAAGAAGAAAAUCUAGCAUGCAGGUAGUUCAUGACAACUUAUGCAUGACUAAGUUUAGUAUUGGAAAUAAUUUUAUUGAAAGGAGCCUCUAACUGAAGGGUUUACAGAAUGGUCAAGAGUGGCCAUAUCCCAUUUUUCUUCUCCUCUGUUUUUGUCUAGUUUGUCUCUCCCUUGAGGCAAAAUACAGAAUGGUGGAACACUAUCUGCACACACUUCCUUACCUACACAAAAUCAGUGCUGUGUCACAUCACCUGUGCUGAUUCCUAGAACUGACAAGGCAGUGAAGCCACUGUCUCAUCUGUGAAGAAUUUUGUUUCCUGAUUAUUAGUUUUCCCACAGAUAUUAAAGUGGGUAAAUUGUCUUUGUUUUCCCCUUGUUCAUAUGGAAUCAAGCAAGUCAAAACCAUUGGUUUUAACAGCACAAUUCUAGCCAGGUUUACUCAGAAAUAUGUCCCAGCAGGUUCAUUGACAGCCACUUCCAGAUAACUACAUGUGUAGGAUUAAUCCCAUUUGGGGAGGCUCACUUAAAAGAGGUCUGUCAUAAUAAAGUUUAAGAUCACUUUUGAAUUAGAUACGCUACUUGAAUGAGUUGAAACGGUGAAUAUUUCAGUCAGCAUUCCCCAACUUGGUAGCUUCAAGAUGCCUUGGAUUACAACUCCUAUAAUUUCCCACUAAUAUGCUGGCUAGGCUUGAUAGAUGUGGUCUAACACAUCUGGAGUGCAUCAACUUGGGGAAGGCAGAUUUAGGCUGUGUCUAUACCAGCCAUUUUUCACAGGAUAUACUAGCAAUCUUUAGUAUGUUUGAUAUACCCCCUUGUGUGUUAUCUCCAAUUACCUCCUUCCUUCAGCAUUUUGUUGUUGCUUUUGAUUGUGGCUAUUUAAAAGGACAAAACAGAUGGGUUUCCUACAUGACAAGCAUAAUCCAGCCCCUACAUGGAUGCAGUAUCUUCAUAUAUUGAACCUCAUGCUUCACUGGCAUUAUGUUUUCCUGUUCAAACUAAGCAAAUGGGGAGGGGGUGCAUGAACAGGAGGUAUGCCUGGCCUUUUCUGGGUACACCUUUCAUACCCACAUGCAGCCCAUGCCUUCCUAUCAAAACACUCUUGAGCAAAGAAAUAUGCUAUCCCUGGACACCAUGAUGUGUCAGUUCUGUGCCUAUUUAGGGAUUGAAAUACAUCCUAAAUAAUUUAGAAAAAAAUGCUUUAAAUGGGUGGGGGAUAUGUCUUUUGAUACAUUUUCUACUUUGAAUUUAGUAUUUAUUGUUUGGUGCACAAUUAUUGAGUAAACUUUUUAUUUUGCUUUUUCAAAAGCAAGUGCAUUCAAACAAGCAGACGUGUACUCAGAACACUGUUUAUAUGCAAGCUAAUGAUGUCUGGGUCUUAUGCAUAGAUAAUGGGAUCCAUUCUGGGCUCUGAUUCCUGUUUCUACCAGCGCUGUUUUGUUUAGUGAAUGUGUUUUCUCAUAUGUUCUUUAUAUUUUGUAUGAAUAAACAUUUUAGUCUAUG